AUGAUUUUCUUUUUGAGUAUAGAAGCGGUGCUUGAGGAGUUGACACGUGGAUUAGCGCAGUUUGAGGUGGUUACUUCUCCAGUUGCUUCAGUUUCUACUUCCAGUUACAGGCCUCAUCAAAGUGGAAACCCGUUUGGUGUUUUGUCUGGUGCUACUGGUCAUCAAUGCUUUGCUAGAAUUGGACCCUCACUAGGUGGAGGUUCGCCAGCCUUAAAGAAAGUAGAACGUUAUUCAGUACAGAAAAUAACAGGUGAUGGCCGCUGCAUGUUUCGUGCUCUGGUAAAAGGGAUGGCUUUGAACAAAGGUGUGAAACUUCACCCUCGAGAUGAAAGAGAUGAUGCAGAUGAAUUAAGGAUGGCUGUAAAGGAGGCUAUUUGUGAUGAUGAGAAAGAACGUCUUAAAUAUGAAGAGGCCUUGGUUGCCAUUACAGUUGAUGAGUCUUUGAGACGAUAUUGCCAACGCAUUGGACGAUCUGAUUUUUGGGGAGGAGAGUCAGAGCUAUUGGUAUUAUCAAAGUUGUGUUGCCAGCCAAUUAUGGUAUACAUACCAGAACAGGAGCAUGGAGGAAGGGGCUCUGGUUUCAUUCCUAUUGCAGAAUAUGGAGCUGAAUUCCGCAAAGGUUCGAAAAACAGAAAGGCCAGGAAGGCUGUGAGGCUCCUUUAUAGUGGGAGGAACCAUUAUGACCUACUUGUAUAGGAACUUUGUCACAUUCAUCAGAGAUUUAGCAGUGUAAUCUUUUCAAAAUUUUGUAGGAAGUGUCGUGGACAUAAUCUUGAUAAUCAGAUGUAUUUCCUGAGCUUCAAAAUUAGUAAUAGUAAUUUUAAAAGAAAACUGAUUUUUAGAUAGUUCAUAUAAUAGGUGUAGAAUUUAUGUUCUCA